UUUAGGUUCAUUGUAUAAGCACAGAGUUCACCAUGCGUAAGCAUGGAGGAGAGAAGGGAGUGCCGUUCCGUAUUCAAAUCGACACUUUCAAGGAGAACGAGGCUGGGGAGUACACUGAGCAUCUGCACUCUGCCAGCUGCCAAUUCAAAGUUUUUAAGCCUAAAGGUGCGGACAGAAAGCAGAAAACAGACAGAGAAAAAAUGGAGAAGCGAGCACCGCAGGAAAAGGAGAAAUACCAGCCUUCAUAUGAAACCACCAUUCUCACUGAGUGCUCUCCAUGGCCUGAGAUUACAUACGUCAACAAUUCCCCAUCACCAAGUUUCAACAGCUCCCACAACAGCUUUCCUGUGAAUGAAGGAAAUGGUUCACCCAAUCACCAGCCGGAGCCUGUGGCACUGUUAGCAGAUUUGUCGUCCCACCUACUUAGAAGAGACAGUGAAAGCAAUCAGAAUCUGUUGCCCACGGCAACGCCACAGGAAGCACAGCAGUGGCUCCAUAGAAACCGUUUUUCACCAUUCGGCCGUCUCUUCUCAAACUUCUCGGGGGCCGAUCUGCUAAAACUGACCCGAGAGGAUGUCAUCCAGAUCUGUGGACCUGCUGAUGGCAUUCGGCUAUUUAAUGCACUCAAAGGACGGGUGGUCCGUCCAAGGCUCACCAUCUAUGUGUGCCAGGAGUCCCAACAACAGACUCGUGAACAGCACCAGAAACAUGAGAACGGAGACGGGUCUAGCAACACAUUCUUCGUGUAUCAUGCCAUCUAUCUGGAUGAGUUAACAGCUGUGGAACUGACAGAAAAGUUGGCUCAGCUCUUCAGCAUCUCUCCACGCCAGAUCAGUCAGAUCUUCAAGCAGGGACCGACUGGUAUCCAUGUGUUAGUCAGUGAUGAGAUGAUUCAGAACUUUCAAGAUGAGAUGUGUUUUGUCCUGGACACAAUGAAAGCUGAAACAAACGAUGGCUAUCACAUCAUUUUGAAGUGAAAACAAAGGAUGUGGGGGAGUGAACAGGCCCCUUAUGUUUUUUCU